CAGAAAGAGUAGGAGAUGAUGAUCCAUUGAGCACUCCUUCAUUCACACAAUUCACACAACUCUCACUUUUCCGGACAUUCUGUCGCUUAACCUGUACACUCCCUAAUUCCUUCCACUGCAAUUUUUUCUCUCUUUCUCUUUGUUUUCUUUUCUUUCCUUUUUUUUUACUUCACACUUUCCUUCAAAUUCUUCUUCCUUUCAAUUUUUUUUCCUCUCUAUUUCAAUACUUAUUAAGACGUGUCUAUCUCUCUCCCUUUGGUUUCCACUUUCUCUUUAUUCUCUUCUUAAUUUCUUCCCCCAAAACGAAUUUCUCUCUUUUUUCUUCCUUUUUUCCUCUCAACUUUUCAUCACUUCAACUGCUAAUAACCCUAAAAAGCUGAUACACUAAAUCAAAACCUUAACAUACCUUCAUCCUCAUUCACCGUAACAUGACUCUGUCACCAACAAAGAAACUCACUCACCGUAUCAACCUUACCAAAGAAAACACUCCGAACCAUCCAUUUCCCAAAAUAGUCAGAAUAACAUACACAGACAAAGACGCUACAGACUCCUCCAGCGACGAAGAAGAAACUUCAAAACCUAACCGAACUAAAAAGUUUGUUAACGAGAUUACCAUAGAGCCAUGCCUGAGCGAGAAAAACGGCUGUGGCCGCGGCAGCGGAGGCGGAGACGUUGUUUCGAGGAGGAGGAAGAGGAACAGAACUAGCACCGGUGGAAAAACAAGAGCUCCGGCGACUCGUCGAGUCACUUCCGGGCAGAAAUACAGAGGAGUUAGGCAGAGGCCAUGGGGAAAAUGGGCCGCAGAGAUAAGAGACCCGUCGCGUGGUGUGCGCGUGUGGCUUGGCACGUUUCAAACUGCUGAAGAAGCUGCUAUUGUGUACAACAACGCGGCUAUUAAGCUGCGUGGUCCCGACGCGCUUACUAAUUUUAUAACACCACCUGCUUCGUGUGAAGUAGUAUCUCCAGAAAUUGAAAAUCCUCCCCAGUUCCCGUUACCGAUUUGAAACUACUAAUCAAGUUUGACAAGAGGCCUGUAAAGCAAACUCCAAAAAGAUUUGCGCCAGAGAUCAUAUCGAAAAUCAAGGCAGACAUCGAAAGAUCAAGGCAGAUAAAAAUAGAUUCAUAAGACCUAUCAGGGGCUUUUGGCACGUAUAAAUGGGUGGUGAUGCCUUCAGCAAUUUCUGUGGCAGUCUCGUAUAUUUCUGUGGUAAAAUUAAGUCUGUUGAAUGAAUUUCUGUGGCAGUCUUACAUCUCAAUUUUAACCAAAAGACAAAAUUAACCUGGUCAUGGAAGGUAUAGGUAAUUAAUUAAGGGUCUCCUAACCAUCUAGAUGAUGUUCUGUGAUAAACAAUUAAAGACAUGAGGAAUGAGGACAUUUAGUCUUGAACUCUUAUUUGCUGGAUGUUUUCUUGUAAAUAAGCUGCUUUUACUGUUGUGAAGAUGACUUUUGUCUUCAAAACAUAAUCACAUGGUUUGUUUGAUUUAAUGUUUAACUUUGUUUUGAUUUUGGCUUUUGAAGCACAAUGCUAUGAUGGCGAUCUCUCGCACUGUGACUAGUAUGUCAACUUUUUUUUUAAGAGAAGUAUGUAGUUGUUCUUUGAAAAUAUUUUAUGUGGUCUGUAAUAUAAAGGUCCAAUAAUAGAAGGGGGGAAUUUACCUCUCCCUUCCCUUCAAAAGAAAGGGAAGGAGCUCUAUGUGACUAUUUAUCACGUUUGUUGUAUGUUUCUUUAAUUUUCUGUCUUGCAACUUAAACGUGCAAGCCUUUAAGAGGUACUUUAACUGUUUUGUUUGCUGUUCCGUGUACUGAAAGAUCUAAUUUGAUAACUUUCUUUGUGAUUAAAUGACAAUCAGUGUGAGAAUGGGCAUAUUGUUUGCUCUAACUGUUGUGGGGAACUUAGGUACAAAUGUCCCAUGUGCUUAAUGCCCAUUGGGUACAAUCGUUGCUGUGCUGUGGAGAAGUUGUUGGAAUCGAUUAAAAUAUCAUGCCCGAAUGCAAAAUAUGGCUGCAAAGAUAUGUUUAGUUGCAACUUGAAAACUAGCCACGAGAAGGAAUGUGUAAAUACUCGCCAGAAAGAAAUUGUUCUUCUAGAUCAAAAUGAUUCAAGACUAUUUGUCGUUCACAAUAACCUUGUUGAUCUGGGAAAUAUGGUCCAUGUUAGUUGCCUUGGCCCGAAAUUGGUAAGAGAUAUUCAUUAUGAUGUAUUGGCUAGGUCUCAGGGGAGCACAUUAAUAUUGCAAUCUUUUAUGAAGACUAUUCAAGACAAUAAUGGCUGUGUACAACUAACUUUCUUUUGAUUCCUUCCGAUCAUUUUGGUUUUGGACAACUCAAAUUGAAUAUUCGUAUAAAGUCUCAACUAAACCAUACCUGAAGAUCGAAAGAGGCUAAAACUCUGUUGAUUGCUAUAUGUAUUUGCUUACUUUAGGAUUUUACCAAUGUCUCAAUGGAAGACACAACAGAAUUUGACAACUCUCAAGAAAGAUGCUGAUGUUUUGAGUAGGGAAAUGAAACAAAAAUGCUUUUGUUGCUGUAUUUGACUAUAGUUUCAACUUUCAAGGUUAUCAAGUAAAUAUGUAAUAUGUUAAAAUUCUAAUUUUUCUUUUGAGUUAUCUGUUGAAUAUUAGUUUAGUUUGUUUGGGUGCU